AUGUCCAGCUACGACCCCGUCCUCGACGACGUCAUCACCCCCGAGCAGUUCCGCCAGUCGAUGCGUCUCGUCCGCCUCCAGAUCGCCGUCCCCAUCUCCGUCCUCAUUGCUCUUGGCACCAACCUCGUAUGCGCCCUCGUUCUCAAGCCUGGUCUUACCGGGAUCAGUGCACUCUUUCCUACGCUGCUCACCCCGAACUCGCUUAUGCUCGAGUUCUACUAUGCCUUGCUAUUCAGUCUACAAAUCGGAUUUUGCCUCGUACUCCUCUUGGCCAGAAAAGACGUAACCAAGCAGACACUGGUACACGGUGUUGGGCUCAGAUUCGCCCUCGCGAAUUGGCUCCAAGCCGCCUGGGCCGUCUUCUUCACCCUCCAAUUCUUCAUCGGCGCCGAAGCCGUCCUCCUCCUAAACGCCCUCAACAUCCUCUCCAUCCACCUCACCCUCCUCCCCUACCCUCCCACGCUCAAACGCCCCCUCGACGCGCUCUUCAUCCACGCCCCCAUGACCAUGUUUCUCGCCAUCUUGUUCCAGGUGGACUGGAUCCACACGGGAUUCAUAGCGAUGGGGUGGGUGACGAGUGGGAAGGAGAGUUGGGGGAGGUGGACGUGGCAGGCGGUGGGGUGUGUGGCGGGGACGCAGGUUGUCAGUGCGAUUUGGGCGGGUAUCAGGAGGUUAUAUCUUCUGACAACAGCAAGCGUCUACCUCCUCCUCUCCCUCCUCUUCUCCUCCCCCCGCUCCAACCCCGAACUCCCCUCCACCCAACGCCCCAAGCCCACCCCCCUGCUGGUGGUGCUCAUCGCCUGCCUGGCGCUGCAUCCGAUCACGUUGUUGGUGGGGGUGGCGUGGAAGAGGAGUUUGGAGAGACAGGGGAGGAUUAGGUUGGAAGAUGAUGUGGAGAGGGCGGAGGAGCGGGAGAGGGGUGAACAUGGGCAUGGGGGUGAUGGAGAGAGGUUUAGGGAUGACGAGUAA